GACCCCCAGCCUCCCGUCGCUGUUUUUUGGGGGGGGGGACAACAAAAUAAUAAUAUGGUGGUGAUGGAUCUGCAUUCAGCUCUGAGCAACAAAGUGAGCAGAAUCUCAGUCAUGGCGAGGCUCGUCCUGUCCCUGCUGCUCCUGUGCGGAUGCCAAAAUAGUUGCUGCGAGACCUCCACGGAGAAGGAGGAGGCGGCCAACGACAACAGCACCGUUUUCACCAGGAUCCUGGACGGGCUCCUGGACGGCUACGACAACAGGCUCCGGCCGGGGCUGGGAGAGAACGUCACAGAGAUCAAGACGAACAUCUUCGUCACCAGCUUCGGCCCAGUGUCGGACACGGAGAUGGAAUACACCAUCGACGUCUUCUUCCGCCAGAGCUGGAAGGACGAGCGUCUGUGCUUCAAAGGGCCGAUGGAGAUGCUGCCGUUGAACAACCUGCUGGCCAGCAACAUCUGGACGCCCGAUACCUUCUUCCUCAACGGCAAGAAGUCCAUCGCUCACAACAUGACCACGCCCAACAAGCUGCUGAGGCUGCAGGACGACGGCACGCUGCUCUACACCAUGAGACUGACCAUAUCGGCGGAAUGCCCCAUGCAGCUGGAGAAUUUCCCCAUGGACGCACACGCCUGCCCGCUCAAGUUUGGCAGCUAUGCCUAUCCGGUGUCUGAGGUGGUCUACACCUGGACCAAGGGAGCGAGUAAGUCUGUGGUGGUGGCAGAGGAUGGCUCCAGACUCAACCAGUACCACCUCAUCGGGCAAAACGCCGGCACCGAGAACAUACACACGAGCAGAGGGCAGUACACAGUGAUGAUGGCCCACUUCUUCCUGAAGAGGAAGAUUGGAUAUUUUGUCAUCCAGACGUAUAUGCCCUGCUUCAUGACAGUGAUUCUGUCCCAGGUGUCGUUUUGGCUAAACAGAGAAUCGGUUCCCGCGAGGACCGUCUUCGGGGUGACCACGGUGCUGACCAUGACCACCCUCAGCAUCAGCGCCCGGAACUCGCUCCCCAAAGUGGCCUACGCCACGGCCAUGGAUUGGUUCAUCGCCGUCUGCUACGCCUUCGUCUUCUCCGCCCUCAUCGAGUUCGCCACGGUGAACUACUUCACCAAGAGGAGCUGGGCCUGGGACGGCAAGAAGGCUCUGGAGGCGCAGCACCCCAAGAAGCGGGACCCCGCGGUGCUGUCCAAAAAGCCCAACAACGUUUGCUCGGCGGGCGUCAACUACACCCCCAACCUCACCAAGGACGUGUCCAUCUCCACCAUCUCCAACACCACGGCGGUGCAGCUCCGGGCCGCCGAGACCAAGGCGGCGGACCCCAAGAAGACCUACAACAGCGUCAGCAAGAUCGACAAGAUGUCGCGGAUCGUGUUCCCCGUCCUGUUCGGAACCUUCAACCUCGUCUACUGGGCCACGUACCUCAACCGAGAGCCGGUGUUGAAAGGAGUGAGCUCAACGUAAUCCCCCUCCUUUUUUCUUUCUUCCUGAGACGAGGGAGUUUGCGUCCGGGGGAAUAAAUUUGAGUCGAAUUCGCAAAGUGUGCGGACAAAACGGGGAAAAGGAGUGAUUGUUAAAAAAAAAAAAGAAUAAAACACGAAUAUCUGCGCUUGAAGAACAAAAACCAACGACUACCCCGCGCUCUAAUUCAAGCCCUCUGAAUGGAUGCAAGGCUGCAACCGUUUCCUGUUUUUUCACGGCCUAAGAAAACUGCUUCGAUCACAAAGAAACUCCCGAGACGGCGGCUGCUUCUCGCUUCGUCCUCGUCUCUCCCGCUGCAGUUUGCAUGACGCCCUCCUGGGAAAAAAGAAGGAAACCGUGGACUCCUCUUGGUCUCGAAAUCCGACCUUCGCCGCUCAAACAGCGGGAGCGUCGCUUCCUCGCCCCGACUCGAGGUUUUAAACGAAACAAACGCAGCGAUUUUUGCUCCCAUUUGGACCUAUUCUUACUAACCCGAGAGGCUAGAGACGCACUGAGCUUAUGCUUUUGAGAAACCUUGCAAUAUAUACGGCAUUCGUCAAGUUGAUUUCGAAAAUGUACUUAAUUCCACGCCGUGUGGAGGAAACGCCUCUUGAGAUGAAUGCUGCAAGCGCAUUAAUUAUUAUGUUUUAUGUCUCUUAAAAAGAAAAAAUAGAUUUUUUUAUUUUUUACCUUCGACUGCAGCGGGCGUGUUUGUGCGUCUACGUAUUUGCUUGAAGAUGCAGAGCGGGAUCGAGCGCUACCUGAAGGCGAAAAGAAAAAUGUGUUCGGAAGAUUAUCACCGCUGGGGGUUUUCUGCAUUCAUAAAAAAUAAAAGUUUGGCCCUCAUACACUGGGCGACCGGUCAGCUGUGGGCGGCGGUGUGUUCAGGGCGAAUUUAGGAUGGGAGAUAUGAGCUUUGACUGGAUGUUGAGCCCGGGUCACUCGGCUAGGAAACUAAUAUUCACAGUCCAGAGCUCGGAGCGCGUCACGUACAAACCAGCAGAGGGAGAGUUGGGAGAUUUGUCUAUUUAGACCACGCCCCCAAGUCCACCGCAACACCAGCCGCGCCGGACGCCGGUGGUCACCAGAGAUUUCCCCGAAAAAAAGUCUUUUUUUCAAACUAAAAAAAACGACAACGGCUCCAUCAACGACAGCAGAUUUGUUUGCCUUUUGGAAAUAUAGACGUGUGUAAAAGACCACGUGCUUAUUCCCAGAGGAAUGGACUGUGAAGGCCUCGUCUGGGUCUCAGACGGGAGUCGUGUAAAUAAACUUUCAAUUUUCCGCUUUUGUUUUUGGGACACGCAGACAAAGAAGAGAUGCAGCCGUCGCACGCCCAGAGAGAGAGCGGCGACUUUGUGCGUGAAGAUGUUUCCGCCCGGUAACUUGAGUGAGACUCUUGGUUUUUUUUCACAUCUUAUCGCUUUGUAGAGGAGCUCACGUCUGGCUUUUGGAUCUUUUAAUCUUUGAUACUAAAUCCGAUAACGCCCCCCCCCCCCCCCCCCCCCCCACACACACACACACACUUAGUUCCUGACUCCUUGGGGCUCAUUUGUUUGUUUCUUCGGAGCUGAUUCGAGCUGACUCGGCCUUAUGUUGAGUUACGUUACCGACGGAAACAGAACUGUCAUCGGCAUUUUAGGCCCCAAUCGUGGAAGUGUAUUCAGCCUCCAUUCCUUUGUCUGGAUGCUGAUGUUGGGAGUGAUCUGUGCUGCCGGGCCUCCGCGUUCCUCCGCUCAAUAUCCUCUCAAUCUGGCUCGUCGAGGAGAUCUUUCCAAGGUCUUAGCGAGGUUUUAAGCCCCGAGCGGCCGACGACAAGCGCUUGUUUUUCUCUCUCUCCUCGCGGUCGUGUCUGUCCUGGCCGCUGCGUGUCACGGGGACACAUUUGAGAUCGAUUAGACGUGCUUUACCCAGACCCAGGGGCCUCUGUGACUCCUUUACAAAGAGCCUGGACAGGGGUCCGUCCCCGGAGGCCUCCGCUCCGCCCCGACACACGCGUGACGUUGCCACGUUUGUUUGUUUUUCGGGCAUCUAUGAAGAAAUUAUGUAUUUUUAUUUCUAGGAGGAACCAUCAUCCUGAGAUAUUUGCUUUGCCCUUGUUCGCUAUCGCUGAGCUUUAAAGUAUUUGUGUGAUUCACUCUUUGUUUCAUGUGCUGUAUUUGUUUCACGUGUUAUACUUAAAAUUACCGAAUAAAAAGGAUGAACAAA